AGAAAACCUGUAAACGCCAUCUGACGGUGGACGUAAUUAAUUAAAUCGUACGUUUGCUGGUGUCUGGUUUUUGAGGGUGGGAGGCUUCGGAUCGGCAGAUAAUCUUGUUUAUACGUUUUCUAUACGUAUGUGUUUUAAAGGAACAUGUCGAGUCUUAAACACGAUUAGGGCAUGAUUGUCGACUGUAGCUUGACACUUGCUUGCGGUAAUGUUGGACGUCAAAUCAAUGCGCGGAAAUCCUGAGGUCAACUCCUGGCAAAAUAAGAGCAACUACUCGGUUAAACCACCGCCUCACCACAUGGCUACCCCAAAUAGACACGGAAAAAUUAGUCAAGACGACAUAUGUUACGUCGUCGCAAAAUACGACUACACGGCCCAAAGUGGUCAGGAGCUCGAUUUACGGAAAAACGAACGUUGCAUCUUAUUGGACGAUUCCAAGCAUUGGUGGAGAGUCCAAAAUUCGAAAAACCAGUCCGGAUAUGUGCCCAGUAAUUAUGUUAAGAAAGAAAAACCGUCUUUAUUCGAUAGCAUAAAGAAAAAAGUAAAAAAAGGUGGCUCCGGUUCGAAAACGUUGCCAUCAAAUAAUUCUCCGUCAAGAACUAUUGAAUCUCCAAAUAUGGCCAGAAGACUACCCGCCGAUCCAAUGGAAGCUAUCGGCGUUGCCGUUGUUAAAUAUAAUUAUCAAGCGCAACAACCCGAUGAGUUAUCAUUGGUUAAAGGAUCUAGAAUACUCAUUUUAGAAAAGAGUAAUGAUGGAUGGUGGCGUGGACAAAGUGGAAAUAUGGUUGGAUGGUUUCCUUCGAAUUACACUCAAGAAGAAGGUGAUGCUGAUGAUACUCUUCAUACUUAUGCAAUGGCAGAAAACGUCCUCGAUAUAAUGGUAGCUUUGUACUCAUUUACUUCUACAAAUGAUCAGGAAUUGUCUUUUGAAAAAGGAGAUAGAUUGGAAAUUUUAGAUCGACCUGCAUCAGAUCCAGAAUGGUACAAAGCUAGGAACGCUCAGGGUCAAAUCGGUUUGGUACCUCGUAAUUACCUCCAAGAACUCUCUGAAUAUUUAACGCAACCAUACCAAGAAAGGAGAGAACGGAUCGAAACGAACGAGCGACAACCGGACGGCUUAAUUGAUCGACCUCAUCUCGUUGGAAAACCGUGGUAUUAUGGAAAUAUCACCAGAAAUCAUUGCGAUACCCUUCUUAAUACUCAUGGCCAUGAUGGAGAUUUCUUAAUUCGAGACAGCGAAACAAAUGUUGGGGAUUAUUCAGUUUCAUUAAAAGCUCCUGGUCGUAACAAACACUUUCGAGUACACGUAGAAGGAGCCCUUUAUUGUAUUGGUCAACGGAAGUUUCACACGUUGGAUCAACUGGUUGAUCAUUAUCAACGAGCUCCGAUUUACACCAACAAACAAGGCGAAAAGUUGUACUUAGUGCGGCCGUUACCCGGAAACGGAUAACCACUUUCGCUUGAAAAAUAUGAAAAUAAUGAAAAAGAGGAGCUCGGAAAAUUUUACGCACGCGAUUUUAGUAAAAUUGCAACGGAAUUACACAACACUUCGGUGCGUAUCGUGACAGCUUUUUAAUUUUUUAAGUCAAAAUUUUCGAAUUUUCUUUUUUGUAUUUUUGAGAUUUUGAAAGAGUGUUGUUUUUGGUUGUUUUUUAUUUUAUAACUUGGACCGGCGCAGUUUUUUGGUAAGUACGAAGUGGAUAUAUCGUAAUCGUAAGAGUAAUCGCUUUAGUACGCAAGGAAAAAAAAAGAUAUAAUUCACGUAUCGUAAGGAUAAUUUAUAACUAUGCAUAUAAAAAAAUAAAAUAUACUCAAGUUUUUGUAUAUCGUCCCAUAUUUAUUUCGUAAGAGAAAAAAUAAUAGAUAUUAUUGUGUAUAUAGGAGUAUGUAAAGGAUAUAAAAUGUUUUUGUUUUAAAAAACCUUUCUUUUUUUUGUUUUUUUUUUGUUUCUAAAUCAAUUUUUGUUUCUUCUUUUAUUAUAAAUUUUUAUUUUAUUUUUUCUGUCGAAUCUUAAGACUGUACAUAAUUGACGAAGUUUGUAUUUUUAUUUUUUAUUAUUUUAAUAAAACAAACGAUUAUAAUUUUA